CACCUUCUGUUAAAUACACGACGGUAGACUGGCUUUAUUAAGUUAUUUCCUUCUUCUUCUGUGGAUUAAAUCUUAUAACUCACUCAGCCUGAAAUGUUCCAGCGAAAAGUGCAGUCCGGUUGUGUAAGUCAGUCCUGCAUGAGUGAAUGGCAUAUAGUGAUACGGCCGUGAGUCUUUUUUAAUCAUCUUGAUUCUGCUCUGCUGAUUUCCUCAAAACCUUCAACUAAUGUUUAAGAAAUGUACUCUGUACUGAAAUUAAUAAAUAUAUAUUAAGCAAUAUUUCCUAGAGAAACAGUAGCUACACUGCUGAAGGCCAAACCGGAGCAACAGACAACUGCAUCUGAGGCCAAACUGCCCUUCUUUCAAUAUAUAUUGUGUGCUGCCACUUCUCCAUCUGUCAAAAUGCAUGAGGAAUCUCUCACCUACCUCAACCAGGGUCAGUCUUACGAAAUCCGAAUGCUUAACCCAAAAGUGUUGGAAUGUACACAUAUAAGCAGCAAGUGGGUAAAGAGCACUGUCCGUGUGUUGUUUCAUGAUCGACGUCUGCAAUACAGUGAGUACAAGCAGCUGGAGGGAUGGCGUUGGAACCGGCCAGGAGACAGAAUUCUGGAUCUUGAUACUACCCUCUCUAUGGGGAUAAUAGAGCCUCAAGCUAAUCCACUGGAGCUCAACACUAUUGAGUUCUUCUGGGAUCCUGUCAAAAAUGCCUCGAUAUUUAUUCAAGUAAACUGUAUUAGCACCGAGUUUACACCCAGGAAACACGGCGGAGAGAAGGGAGUUCCCUUCCGGAUUCAGGUAGAUACGUUUACACAGAAUGAGCAUGGAGAAUACAUGGAGCAUGUGCACUCUUCCAGCUGCCAAAUCAAAGUCUUCAAGCCAAAAGGGGCAAAUCGUAGGCUAAGGACAGACAGAGAGAAAAUUGAGAAAAAGAGUCUUCAAGACAGAGAAAAAUAUCAACCAUCAUUUGAAACUACUAUACUUACUGAGUGUUCUCCCUGGCCUGAUGGACCAUACAUCAACAGUGUAAGCAGCAGUCUAUCUCCCAUGUGCCACAUCUCAACUUCUCAUGUCUUCACAGAAGGAGACGAUAGAGACUGCUUUCCAAACCAGCAGAGGGAGCUACUCCUGCCCAGCUGCUCUGCUCAGCUUGUGCCAUCACUCUCCUCUCAUGAAGCACAGGAGUGGCUUCACCAGAACAGGUUCUCAUCUUUCUGUAGGCUUUUCUCAAACUUCUCAGGUGCAGAUUUGGUUAAGAUGAGCAAAAAUGACUUUGUUCAGAUCUGUGGUCCUGCUGAUGGGAUCCGCCUGUUUAAUGCCAUCAAAGGAAGGUGUAUUCAACCACGCCUCACAGUGUAUGUUUCCCUGCAGAGAAACAAAAAUCAGCCAAACAGCAAGCCAAACAGUGAUGAGGUGUACCAUGCUUUGUCGUUGGAGCACUUGACACUUUUUGAGCUCACAGAGAAGAUAGCAAGUCUAUACAGUGUUCCGGUGCAGCAAAUCUGCCAUGUUUACAGACAAGGGCCAAUGGGUAUAUACAUCCUGGUUUCAGAUGAGAUGGUGAAGAAUUUCACAGAGGAAACAAGAUUCAUAAUAAGUGCUUUAAAAGUGGUGAUAGAUGGAAGUAACGAGAGGUAUCAUGUUGUCCUGAAGUGACCCAAGAUCACAGCUACAGGUUUCAUUUUUUUUUUUUCAUUAAGAAACUCUAGGAUAGUUGAGCUGUUAAAAAAAAAGUAUAUUGUACCUAAUGUAGAUAUCAAGACAUAUUUUACAUAUAAUUAUUCAUUAUGAAACAAAGGUACAGAAAGCAAUUCUGAAACAGAUUCUUAAAAUUUUUUAUAUGAAUUGUAACCCUCAGAAAUUAGGCCCAAGUUCACUCUUUACUAUUUCUGUAACUUGUGAAUACUAAUGUGUUAUAAUACAUUUAGUUGUUUUGUUAGGAAUGAUCAGUGAAAAAGUCUUCACUUUAUAAAAGAUUUUAAUAUAUAACAAUUUUGAACUAAUCUGAGUAAUAGUGCUUAAUAUUUGUAACAUUAAAAGGCAAUUUAUGAGAUUUGAAUGAUCUUAAAUUUAAACACUGCCCCGUCCACAUAAUUCACAGUUUAAAGCAUAAAAUGCUUUUUUUGCACUACUUAGGUCAACAGUGCAGUUUGUUUCUAAUUGUCUUCUGAAAAGCUGUAUAUGUGACAGAGAAGGAGCCUGAUAACUUACUACUGAUUUUUACCUUUUAUUUUGUUUGCGUUUUUUCCCCUCCCUAUUCUAUUUUUUUCCAUUCCACUGUGUUUCAGUUUUUAUUGUGGCUUGUGAAGACAAACAACUCUGUAUCUCAUUUAAUUUAAUGUAGUUAUUACUGUUUGCAAUUUUUGGUAGAUAAAAUACUGCAUUCUAAUUAAUAUCUAAUCAAAUGAACACUGUAUACAUUUGUGUGUAUGUUUUAAUAAAAUUAUAUUUUAAAGAUUGUUAGUACAUUUAUUUAUAAAAUGCAGUUGUUACUGUUCAAAGGUUUAUUUCAUAUUGUAUCUUACAUGUUAACACCAUGUCUUAUGAUCUUGUGGUUUACUAUGUUCAA